AUGAGCUCAAGGCCCCGUGGUAGAAAGCGACACGCAGGAUCUCCUCCAUCAACAAUGGCAAGUAGCAAGGGUGCCACCAAGUCCACGGGCAGCACACCCUAUAAUUGCAACUUCCAGCAGAAUCUGAUUGACCAUAGCGUUUACCCUGGCGGACAUGAAAAUCCCGAUGGUGGAAUACUAUGA